UUUUUAAGAGAAAAGCCAGGACGGCAGCGGAGCAGGACCCUGAGCGGUGCUCUCUGUGCUGAGCGGCGGGACGCGCUGUGGAGCUGAAGCCAACAUGAGCGAGCGACAAGGAACUGGAGCAACCAAUGGAAAAGACAAGACAUCGGGAGAAAAUGAUGGCCAGAAGAAAGUCCAGGAGGAGUUCGACAUUGACAUGGAUGCACCAGAGACAGAGCGGGCGGCGGUGGCCAUCCAGUCCCAGUUCAGGAAGUUCCAGAAGAAGAAAGCUGGGUCUCAGUCCUAGCGGGGAGAGCCCCUUCCUAGUUCACCCAGAGACCCUGAGUCCAACCGUCACCUGUUGAGAAAUUAAAAGCAUACCACCGUACAGAGAAGUCAUCCACACACCAUGCACACACGCACUGCAAGCCCAAGAUGCAUGUACAGAAACCAUACUAUUUAGCCCCUCCUCGGCAGGGGCAGGCAAUGAAGUCGUGAGUAGCUUAAUCUCUGUGUUUAUCUCCAUGACCUUCCCCCGACCCCGCAUCCACUUUCCUUGAUGUUGUAAUAAAACAGAGUUAAACGAGUGA